CAUUCACGCGCACGUAAAUGGAUAAAACAAACUAUAUACACACACAAACAGUUCGGUAAUAAAUAUUUCACUGAUACAUGUUACAUGUGACGCAACAAUUACAUUCAGACACUCUGCUUGAAUUGUAUCUAAUAAUUCACAGUGAAAUCAAUAAUAGUAAAAGUUCGAUAAAGGUAUAUUUUAUUGUCACGCUGAGGUUAAGUAACCCAGCAAGAAGGCAUGAUUUGCGAUGGCUUCUCUUGCAAGUACAGUUUCUAAAGAAAGAUUUCUUACUGCUUUCAAAGAGAACGAAACACUGAAUGCGACAUGCCAAGAGAUCGCCACAGAAAUACAAUCUGGACAUAUGAAGCUUUCAACAGUUGUAGAAGAACUUGGACCUUUUGUAACUGACAAAGAUGCCAGAACACGGGAGAAGGGCAUUGAUGCAUUGUCUUCUAUUUUGUCACAAUUGCCUAAAGAUUAUUUGAACGAGGCUGAAUUGCACUUUAUAAUAACAUUUUAUUGUGAUAGACUCAAGGAUCACCAUAGCAUCAUACCAGCAGUAUUAAGAGGAAUUUUGGCAAUUGUUCAGAUGAAAUACUUGCCUCAAGAUUCGCCCGAACGUUUGUUUAGAGUUUUCUUUGAAAAUGUGCAAUGCCAAUCACAAUUAUUGCCUGAUCGUUGUAAUAUAUAUUUAAUAUUUACAACGUUGUUACAAAAUAGAGUAGAGGACUUGAAAGUCAUGGGGCCAGACUUUGUCUACGGAGUUAUUAGUUCUAUCGAUGGAGAACGGGAUCCUAGAAAUCUUAUGCUGUUAUUUAGCAUACUUCCACAUUUUAUGAAAGAAUUUUCAUUAGGCCACUUAACCGAAGAAAUGUUUGAAGUCAUUGCAUGUUACUUUCCAGUUGACUUCAAUCCUUCUGGAUCAGAAGGAGUAGGAAUAACGCGUGAUGAUUUGGCAGAAAAACUAGCGCCUUGUCUUUAUGCUAUACCACAAUUUGCUGAGUUUUGUAUACCUCUUGUACUUGAUAAAUUGGUCUCCAAUCUUAAAGUUGCCAAAUUCGAUUCUUUGAAACUUUUGUCCAAUAGUGUACAAACAUUUGGCAUAAAAGGCCUUCAACCACAUUUAACUGAGAUAUGGUCUGUUUUGAGAAAAGAAAUUAUGUCUGGCGGAGACAUAGAAUUGAAAAAUGCAAGUUUGAAAGCAAUCAUGUCUAUAAUUGAUGUUAUAUCAAAUGAUUCCAAGCUCUGUGAAAAUUUUAUUGAUAACAUAAUCACCGAUACAAAGUCUUCCUUGUACGAUUUACAACUUAGUUUAUUCAGGCCAGCUGUGAAAUUGCUAGAAUGCGUAGCAACAGUUAACAAAGCAUCAUGUGUACAGGUGUUGAAAAUAAUAAUACCACUAUGUCUUGGCCAAUAUUCCACCAAAACUUCAGUAAUUGAUAAAGUUAUUUUAAUAGAAACAUUAAACAAUUUUAUUAAAAUUAGUUGCGAUCAUGAAUUUAAUAUCAAGAGUGUUCCAGAACUAUCAUGGACAGAUGUACCACAAUUAUAUUUAAAUGACCUCUCGAUACAGCAUACAGAAUUACAAUCAAGAUUGUUAGUUGGGUUAACAAUACAAAAAAUGUAUUUGAAUGAAGUACAUCGAAAAUCACUUUACGAUAAAAUUUGUAAUCUUAUUGAAAUGGGCUGUAAUGAAAUAAGGACAAUUUGCCAUACAUCUAUUUUAACUUUUGCCACCUUAUAUCCGCGUGACAUAUCAGCUUUGGUACAAGAAAGAUUUCAAUUAGAUACUGAUAAAGGAAAGGUAGAAGUACAAGUUCGUAAACUGGAAGUACUAGCAGCUGUUGCUAAAACAUAUGAAUUAGGUAUUGAAGUUCUUCCACGUGUUGUAUCACAGACAAAUGCCGUAAAUUUUGAAAUAAGCUUUACCGCUUUAACGUGUCUUCACAGGCUAGUUGCUACAAAAAGCAUUGACUAUGAUGUUCAACAUUAUCUGCAUAAUGAAUGUAAUAUUAUUGAGAAAUUGGUUGCAUUUAAUAUUGAUCCUACGGAUCAGAGAUUACAUCUAAUUUUAUGUAUUUGCCGUUUAAUUGUAAGAAAUCUAACAGUUGAGGAACAGCAAAAGAUUAUCAACAAAUACGCUCCAGUAUUAAGUGAAAAGAUUUCGGAAACUAAUGCUGCGUUAAUAAUGAAUAUCUUCAUUCCCUUACGACCAAAUGUUGAUCUAACAAUAAAUUUGAGUUUGUUAGAAAAUUUGUAUAAUUUAGCACUAAACAACAGUUAUUCGAAUAUAAGAUGUAUAACGAGUAAAUUCAUUGCUGUUAUACUAAACAAAAUGAAUGACGAUAAUGAAUGCUUUCAACAUGUUUUGUUAUAUUUUAAAGAAAAAAUAAAUAAUAAUCUGGAGUCAAACAUUAGCAUCGAAGUAAAGAAAGCAUCAGCUUCUUUGCAAAUUUGGUUAACAAAGGCCAUAAUUACGAAAGGUUCGGGAAAUGUUGAAAACUUUCUGAACGAGCUUUCAAAUAUUUUCAAACACGAUCAAGUAGGACAACAUAUCGCGCAGGAAUAUAAACUACUAACGAAUAAACAUGAGGAUGUUUUAGUGGAAGAAAAUUUUUGUAAUAUCAAAAUCUUUUAUAAACAAAGAGUAUUUGAACACUUAAUAAAAAAAAAUUACGAAUUUGAGAAUUUAUCCAGGCAAAACUAUUUGACUGCAUUAGUACAUCUAUUAGAGGAAGUACCUAUGGACCUUCUAUUUAUGCACUUAACAAAGUUGGUUCCUCUUUUGAUAGAAACUUUGACACUCGAUAACGAACAAUUAGUUUUUUCAACGUUAAUAACAUUGCAAGUUUUAUUAGAGGCUAAACACCCUAUUUUCUGUGAUAAAGCACAAUGUUUUAUCCCAAGAUUUUUUCAGUUGUCCAGCUAUAGAACAAUGAGAGUCCGAAUUGCAGCUUUAGAAUGUUUAACAAAUUAUUGCAAUUAUCCGACGGUUUUAAUUAAUACAUACAAGCAAGAUGUAUUAGAAAAAUUAGCAGUUUCAAUUGACGAUCGAAAACGUUUGGUCCGAAAAGCUGCAACAAAAGCAAGAACACAAUGGUUCUUAGUUGGCGCACCAGGAGGAAUCGCAGAACAAUGAUCUGUUUAUUUUAAACGAAAUUAAAUUAGUUACAAAUAAAAUAUUAUAUAAUUUAUAAAUACAGACAUUUAUUUUUAUUUUUUAACGUUUAUACAA